AUGGGGGAGGAUACGUCGGACCGCCUGGUGCAGGACCUGGAUCGGAAACACGAUUUAGUUCUCCAGCGAGUGCAGAAGUUCGCCGAAGUCAUAGACGCCGAUUCUAUCCGCCUGCCCGUCUACUGCUUUUACGAAACGAAGAAGACCGAAAUAGUCAGGCCAAUAAGCCGGCGGACAUGCGCCGUGCCGGGCCAUUGGACCGUGCCUUUCCGUCGAAACCAAGACGAUAAGAAUGAGAAAUGCCUGAAGGAUCUUCACGUAACCGAUCCCCGCGAAGACAAGAAGCGUAUCCAAGAUACCAAGGGCGGCCUCCUUAGGGACGCUUACCGCUGGGUCCUUAACCACGCCGACUUCCUGCAGUUUCGAGACGAUCCCAAUAGUCAGCUGCUCUGGAUCAAGGGCUAUCCUGGCAAGGGCAAGACGAUGCUUCCUUCGAACCAACUGUCCUACUUCUUCUGCCAGGCCACCGCGAACCGGCUCAACAACGCAACGGCUGUGCUACGAGGUCUGAUCCUUGACCUCGCUCGGCAGCACCCGCAACUCGUCUCGUACGUCCGAGAGAAGCAUGAUUACGUGGGCAAGGAGCUGUUUCACAACGAUAACGCCUGGCAAGCCCUCACGGGUAUAUUGACGGCUAUGCUAAACGACGCGUUGUUAGAACGUGCGAUCCUGAUUAUUGACGCCCUUGACGGGUGUGAGACGGGCCGGCCUCAGCUCCUGCACUUUAUCACUAGCUUCACUAGCUCUACCUCCCGCGUCAAGUGGAUCAUCUCGAGCCGUAACUGGCCAGAUAUUGAGAGGCAGUUAGAGAAGGCUACGCAAAAAGUCAGGCUGAGCCUCGAGCUGAACGGAAACUCGAUUAGCAGUGCUGUUACCUUCUAUAUCCAGUACAAGAUGGCGCAAUUGGUGUCCAAGAAGAAGUACGACGAACGAACGAGGGACGCCGUCCAAAGCUACUUGGUUGCCAAUGCCGAUGGGACUUUUCUCUGGGUCGCCUUAGUCUGUCAGGCGCUCGCCGAUACCAAUGUCCGAAAACGACACACGAUGCAGAUGCUGAACUCGUUUCCGCCCGGCCUGGAUGCUCUGUACGAGAAAAUGCUAAAUCAUACUCACGAACUACAGGGUCUCAUCGAAUCGAUGGAGGAUGUCGAUGAGGACGAAGUCGAGGAAAUCAUUGGAUCCUGCGGCUCUUUCCUGACUCUACGAGAAGGCGUCGUCUAUUUCGUGCAUCAAUCAGCCAGGGAUUUUCUUCUUAAUAUAGCCCUGGAUAGGAUCAUGCCCCAAGGCAUCGCACAGUGCCACCACGCCAUCUUCUCUAGGUCGCUCGAAGCGCUGCAAAAGACUCUCCAGCGCGACAUUUAUGAUAUUCGAGACCCUGGAUUAUCUAACGACCAGAUCACCCCACCAGACCCCGACCCGUUAGCUUCCAUUCGCUAUGCCUGCAUCUAUUGGGUCGAACAUCUGGACGAAUUUUCCCGCCUAACGAAGGCUGACAACGACCUGGCCGAAGGCGGAUCCGUUGAUACAUUUCUCAGGAGCAAGUUCCUUCAAUGGUUGGAAGCGCUUAGUCUGUCGCGCAGCAUGUCGGAGGUGGUGAUAGCCAUGCACAAGUUGCAAGCAAUUACUACUGUACGUGCCAUUUAUCACACUCGCCCAGACGCACUACGAUUCAUUCUCUCUCAUCGAACCGCAGUUAGGGUUGCUCCACUGCAAGUAUACGUAUCAGCCCUCGUCUUUAGUCCCUUUUGCAGCGAGGUCAGAAAAUUAUACACAACAGAGCUGCCAGAGUGGAUUAAAUUGAAGCCUGUUAUGCAAGAGACAUGGAGCCCGUGCCUUCAGACGCUCGAGGGCCAUAGCGGCCCGGUCGACGCCGUCGCCUUCUCGCCCGACGGCACGCUAAUAACAUCGGCUUCUUCUGACGGGACGGUACUGCUCUGGGAUACGGCAUCGGGCGCGCACCAGCAAACGCUCGAUAUAAACCCAGAGGAGUUCUAA